CACGCACGCUCAUUGGUCGAUGCCCAUUAUCCGAAGAUUUCCCGCCUACUCUGCCUGGUCCGCCUGCUUCGACCUCACAUAUAAAACGCGCAUCCCAUCAUUCCUUCUUCUGCCGUUUUAUUUCAUCACUCUGUCUUCUCCUUCAUCUCCCUCCCCCUCCUUCACGAAAACCCCCAACUACUGCGGCGAUCGAGAAUCCAUGACCGCUCUUCAUCCCUCGCUUGCUCUCUGCUCCCGGUGUCUCUGGUUUCGCUGCAUUCACUUGCCGCCGCGCUCCCUCCUGUUCGCCGUCCCAAGUAUGACACACUGUCCACACGGCGCUGCGGUCUCUUCUGCUGGCCAUUUCAUUCUCGAGGAGCUCCUCUGCCUGGAUUCCCAGGCAUGCCUCCCGUUUCCCUGGACCGUUUCCCUCCCUCUCGAGAAUCCCUGUAUCAUUUCGUCGCUUUGCUGCCUACGUGGCAUUGCCGGACUCGUGGGCUAAGCCGGUCUAGAAGCGGGGUAGGAAAAGCAAGG